AUGUCCGGCGUUAACGCGUGGGGGCACAUGCACACCCCCGCGAAGCAGUCACAGUUCACGCUGGAUAUGUUUGAGGAGUGGAAGGCGAAGCAGAACGAAGACAUCGCCCAACGCGGCGCCGACCGCGAUCCGGCAGUGGAGGAGGAGCACAACCGCUACAUGCUGCGGCAGAACCUGAACGCCUACGUGUGCUACAAGGAACUGGACAGCUACACGACAUGCCUCGAGGACAAGAAGCUGAUCCGUCGUCGCGACGACGACGGUGCGAGUGGCGGCGGGAGCGGUUUCUCCAUUGCGUCGUCCUUUGAAAUCAACACCCGGAACAAGGUGAAUGAGAAGCUGUGUCGGACACCACACAACGCGUACGUCUCGUGCAUGAGCUCGCAGAAAAACCAAGAGCUAGUGCUGCAAUCGGCAACUCUUGAGCCGCACUGCACAGAGCGCCGCGCCAAAUUGUUUCACUGCCUACGCGAGAACCAGGUGCCAGAGGCGCAGAUGAACACGCCGCAGUGCACGGACACCUACCGGAGUCUUCUCCGUUGUGGGCUGAACCACCUGUGGAACCACUACUGGCGCGAGAUAACGAAAUUUAGCGACACGGACGAGUUCCACCUCUACGAACUCUCACGCGACGACAACAAGAAGCAGGCCUAUCUGCGCGCCCUCACCACGUCGGAGGCGCAGCGGCAAGUGCAUCUGCGCGAGGAGCGAGAUAUGAUGCUCGGCUACUACCUGGACCCUAAUGAUGCGCAGAAGGGCGACUCGUGA